CCGUGAGUGUGUGAGUGUUAGGGCGGGGGAGGGAGGUCGUCUCUUGUCUGUGCCUGUCGAUCUGUUUACUCCUCGCGCUCGGUCCCCCGGCGGCGCCGAGUGGGUGGCGGUAGGCUGGGCCGGCGGCACGGAUCGGGACCCCGGGUGGUCGUCGUCGUCCCCCCUCCGCGCAGAUACGCGCCCCUCCCCCGCAACAUCACAAUCGCCCCUCGCACCCUCCCGUAGCCGGAGCGGCUGCCAGCCUUCGCCCUUCCCGACCGCAGCGAGGGGAGCGAGAGAGCGAGCGAGGAGAGUCGACGGAGAGAGCAACUUGGGAAGGGCCAACAUGAAGACGGAGAUCUCCACGGCUGCGGGCUUCAUCACCCGCCUCCUCCGGACACCCGGCGGCAUCGGCGACGAGGAGCUGAGCUGCUUCAGCGACUCUUUACAGGAGUCGCUGCGAGACCAUUAUAAGCACCACUGGUUCCCGUUGAUGCCCUCCAAAGGUUCAGGGUACCGCUGCAUUAGGAUCAAUCACAAGAUGGACCCCUUGAUAGGAAAGGCAGCAGGCAUGAUCGGACUAAGCCACGAGAGACUCUUCCAGCUCCUGCCCAGCGAACUAACUCUGUGGGUAGACCCCUUUGAGGUGUCCUAUCGUAUAGGGGAAGACGGGUCUAUCUGUGUCCUCUACGAAGGCCCUCAGCCAAUAGUGAAGAAUGCCAAAGCUCUUGAGAGUAGGAGCAGCUGUAAAGAGGAAUGGAGAAUUGGCAGAGCCAGCCCUUCCAAGAACUACAACAUGAUGACAGUUUCCAGUUAAAAAUUAACAUUCCCUGUACAAUGAUGUAUGUAUGUAUCCCACUUUGAUAAUGAAGUUAGAUGGUGUAACUGAUAUGUUGAUUUUCACCCUAUAGUCAUUAAAGUUGUAGUAGUACUGCCAAAUUCUUUUCUUUUGUGGCCAAGGGCUAAUGUAUAAAAA